AUGGAGAAACAAGACGGCCAUGGCUCAGUGCGGUCAUCCAGCGACGAUGGAGAUGCCGCGUCGAUUGAUCUCGUUGCGCAGCGCGAAAUGGAGGCGGUGACUCGAAUCGCUUCCAGUCAACUUGGUCGCCAACUCUCGAGCCAUUCUGCUUUCCAUAAGGAUGAUCCACGAUUGGACCCCAACAAACCCGAGUUCGAUUACCGUCUCUGGGCGCAAAUGGCUCUCAAGGGAAUGGAUAGAUCGGGCAUUGAGUUACAGCGACAAGGCGUGGCAUUUUCUAACUUGUCGGUAUCUGGCUCGGGGUCCUCUCUUCAGUAUCAGGAGACAAUCACUUCAACCUUCACAAUACCAUUCCGAAAAAUCGCGUCAUCGAUAAAAGGAAAUAAUCAAAAGACUCCACGGAAAAUUCUUAAUGAAUUUGAAGGUCUCCUGGAAAGCGGAGAACUACUUCUUGUGCUUGGCCGUCCUGGAAGCGGUUGCUCUACGUUUCUUAAAACAAUAUGCGGACAGCUUGGCGGGCUGACCGUGGAACCUGAAUCGGAGAUUCAGUAUGAAGGGAUUGGUUUUGACGAGAUGAUAAAGAGAUAUCGUGGAGAGGUCACUUAUAAUCCGGAAGUUGACACACAUUUCCCUCAUCUAACUGUUGGACAAACACUGUCCUUCGCUGCUCAUGCACGAGCCCCACAGAGGCGAGCGAACGACGUUACUCGGGAUGAAUAUGCGGAAACAGUAGUCCAAGUUAUUCUCGCCGUGUUCGGCCUUUCUCACACUAAAGAUACCAAAGUGGGCGACAAUAUGGUGCGAGGAGUCAGUGGUGGAGAGCGCAAGAGAGUCAGCAUCGCGGAAAUGUUCCUGUCUCGAUCUAGGAUUGGAGCAUGGGAUAAUAGCACCCGUGGUCUCGAUGCGGCUUCCGCUCUGCGAUUUGUGGAAACGCUUCGUCUUUCUGCUGAUCUUGGGGACACUUGUCAUGCUGUAGCUGCCUACCAAGCUUCUCAGUCCAUGUACGAUCUCUUCGACAAGGUGAUACUUUUAUACGAAGGCCACGAAAUAUACUACGGCCCUGCAGCUGAAGCGUCAGCAUACUUUGAAGAAAUGGGCUGGGAAAGACCCCGGCGACAGAUGACGGGAGACUUUUUGACGUCCAUCACCAACCCAGGCGAAAGGAAGCCUUCUCCCGGUAUGGAGGACAAGGUCCCAAGGACGGCACGAGAAUUUGCGGAAUACUGGAAGCGCAGUCCUCAGCGUAAAAGCCUACAGGAUCAGGUUGCCAAGUAUAAGCAAGAUCACCCACUAAACGGAGAGGAAGCCGCAGCAUUUCACACCGACCACAAGGAGCAGCAAGCCCGACAUGCCAGAGAAGGUAGUCCAUUUCUACUUUCAAUCCCAAUGCAAGUCCGUCUAUGCAUCCGACGCGCAUUUCAGCGCAUGCGAAAUGAUCUACCAACCACCUUGUCAACGGUGGUGGUUCAGAUCGUACUCUCCUUAAUCAUUGGUUCAAUCUUCUACAACUCCCCCAACUCAACUAGCGCCUUCUUCCAAAAAGGGGCGGCUUUAUAUCUUUCAAUUCUUUUGAAUGCUUUAUUGACGGCCAACGAGAUAAUGCUUCUUUACAGUCAACGGCCUAUUGUGAAAAAGCAGGCUGCAUUUGCGUUUGUCCAUCCCUUUACGGAAGCAAUAGCGAGUAUCAUCGUCGACCUUCCAGUCAAACUCCUCCGGGUCACUGUGUUUUCAAUCAUUUUAUAUUUCAUGGCCAAUCUUCGCCGGGAACCGGCACAAUUUUUCAUCUACUAUCUUUUUAUUAUAACUGCCAUUCUCACCAUGUCUGGAAUCUUCCGCAGUAUUGCAUCCCUGACGAGGUCUAUUGGUCAGGCAAUGGCGAUGGCUGGUGUUAUGAUCCUAUGUAUUGCCGUAUACACUGGCUUCACAUUGCCCCAGCCUUAUAUGCACCCGUGGCUAUCCUGGAUACGAUGGAUCAACCCUAUCUACUACGCGUUCGAAGCAUUGGUUAGCAACGAAUUCCACGGUCGUGAGUUCCCCUGCGACUCGAUGAUCCCUAGCUACGCUGAAGGGACGGCAUUCAUUUGCUCCACGGUCGGUUCUGUUGCCGGACAGCACUAUGUCUCUGGGGAUGCUUUCAUUGAAGCCAAUUAUGAGUACAAGUAUUCACACGUAUGGCGCAACUAUGGCAUUCUUAUUGCAUUCAUGGUUUUCUUCAAUGGUCUAUACCUCGUCGGCACAGAAUUCUUUGCUGGGAAUGUUUCCAAGGCAGAAAGCUUAGUCUUCCGUAUCGGCCACGCUCCCCGGUAUCUACAAGAGAAUGGCGACGUUGAAAGCUCACAGGCAAGCACACAAAACGUUCCGGUUCAGUCCGAAAAGAAUUACGACACAAUGCAUUUGCCAAAGCACAAGGACAUUCUGUCGUGGAAGAACGUCCAAUACGACAUCCCUGUCAAGGAUGGCACCCGCCGACUUCUUGAUAAUGUGAAUGGAUGGGUAAAGCCCGGCACAUUGACUGCGUUGAUGGGCGUUUCCGGAGCAGGCAAAACGACGUUACUUGAUGUACUUGCCCAGAGAGUUUCUAUUGGUGUUGUGACUGGAGAUAUUCUGGUGAACGGAAAAGGCCUCCAGUCUAAUUUCCCGCGAAGGACUGGAUAUGUGCAACAACAGGAUCUCCAUCUCGAGACUACUACCGUUCGUGAAGCGCUACAAUUCAGCGCAAUGCUCCGGCAACCAAAUUCAGUCCCAAAGAGUGAAAAAUAUGCAUACGUCGAAGAAGUCAUCAAGGUAUUAGGAAUGGAAGACUUUGCAGAAGCCGUAGUAGGCAACAUUGGGGAAGGUCUCAACGUGGAGCAAAGAAAGUUGCUAAGUAUUGGUGUUGAGCUUGCCGCGAAACCCACUUUGCUCAUCUUCCUCGACGAACCCACGAGUGGUCUUGACUCUCAAAGCUCCUGGACAAUCUGUGCAUUUCUUCGAAAGCUUGCGGAUAAUGGACAGGCUGUCCUGGCCACUAUUCAUCAACCAAGUGCUUUGCUGUUUCAAGAGUUUGACCGUUUGCUAUUCCUGGCAAAGGGAGGCAGAACCGUUUAUUUUGGUGAUAUCGGAGAAGAGUCGACGAUUUUGCUAGACUAUUUUGAGAGGAAUGGAGGAAGACACUGCGACAAGUCUGAGAACCCUGCUGAGUACAUCCUAGAUGUUGUCAAUGGCGAUAAAGAUUCCAAUGUCGAUUGGCCUGAGACUUGGAAGAAAUCCGCUGAGUACACCGACAUGAUAAAAGAACUUGAUCGACUUCAGACGUCGCAGGCCUCAGAUAUCGAUUUUGAAGGAGCUGCAGAUGACAAUAGUUCUGAAUUUGCAAUGCCUUUCUUCAGCCAGCUCUACUAUGUCUUGGGCAGAGUGUUUCAGCAAUACUACCGUCAACCAGAAUAUAUCCUCUCCAAGUACACGCUGGGAAUUAUCUCGGGUCUCUUCAUUGGCUUCUCCUUCUGGAGGUCUGACGACACACAGCAAGGGUUCCAAAACGUUCUGUUCAGCGUUUUCCUGCUCUGUACUAUCUUCGGAACGAUGGUCAACCAAAUGAUGCCUAAAUUUGUCGUGCAGCGGUCUCUCUACGAAGUGCGCGAAAAGCCAUCGAGAGUCUAUUCUUGGAAAGUCUUCAUUCUCUCGCAGAUCAUCGUCGAGAUCCCCUGGCAGCUGGGCAUCGGUGUCUGUGCAUGGGCGUGCUUCUAUUUUUCUGUUUUUGGUGCUCACACAAGUGCGCAAUCUCGAGGUAUCGUCCUACUCUUCAUCGCCCAGUUCUACAUGUACGCCGGCAGCAUGGCCCAGUUUGUUAUUGCCGCCAUUGGCGAACCCGCCGUGGCUGCUAUGCUAGCGACAAUGAUGUUUGGUCUGUCUUUCAUGUUCAACGGGAUCCUGCAACCACCAAGUCAGCUGCCACGGUUCUGGAUUUUCAUGUAUCGCGUUUCGCCAUUUACCUACUACAUUGGCGGAGUUAGCAGCGCAGCACUACAUGAUCGUCCCGUGAAAUGCAGCUCAGCUGAGCUCAGCGUAUUUGAUCCACCUGCUGGCCAGACAUGUGGAGAGUAUCUCGCAAAGUACAUCACGGUGGCUGGUGGGAGCUUGUACAACCAGAACGCUACCGCUGACUGCCAGUAUUGUUCCAUGUCUAGUGCGGAUGAUUAUUUGAGUGGCCGCGAAAUCUACUAUAAGGAUCGAUGGCGAGAUUAUGGCAUUUUCUGGUGCUAUUUUGUGUUUAAUGUAUUCGGUGCAGUCACAUUGUACUAUCUGUUCAGAGUCCGGAAGUGGAAGUCCCGGUGA